AUGACGGCCGUUAGAGAUUACAAGACUGCCUUGGAAUUUGUCAAGAGCUUGCCACGUCUGGAUGGUUUGUCUGUCCAGGAGUUAAUGGACUCCAAGAGCAGAGGUGGGUUGACGUACAACGAUUUCUUGGUUUUGCCAGGUUUAGUCAAUUUCCCAUCUUCCGCUGUUGGUUUACAAACCAAAUUAACCAAAAGGAUCACUUUGAACACUCCAUUCGUUUCCUCUCCAAUGGACACUGUUACAGAGUCAGAAAUGGCCAUCUUCAUGGCUCUUUUGGGUGGUAUCGGUUUCAUUCACCAUAACUGCACGCCUGAAGACCAAGCCGACAUGGUCAGAAGAGUCAAGAACUAUGAAAAUGGGUUUAUUAACAACCCUAUAGUGAUUUCUCCAACAACUACCGUCGGCGAAGCCAAGAGCAUGAAGGAAGAAUUUGGAUUUUCUGGUUUCCCUGUCACGGAAGAUGGUAAAAGAAACGGCAAAUUGAUGGGUAUCAUCACUUCUCGUGAUAUACAGUUUAUUGAAGACAACUCUUUACUCGUUCAAGAUGUCAUGACCAGGAACCCCGUCACUGGUGCUCAAGGCAUUACAUUAUCUGAAGGUAAUGAAAUCUUGAAGAAAAUCAAAAAGGGUAAGCUAUUGAUUGUUGACGACAAGGGUCAUUUGGUCUCCAUGCUUUCCAGAACUGAUUUGAUGAAGAAUCAGAACUACCCAUUAGCUUCGAAAUCUGCCACUACAAAGCAAUUGUUAUGUGGUGCUGCUAUUGGUACUAUCGAUGCUGACAAAGAAAGGUUAACAUUGCUGGUCGAAGCUGGUUUGGAUGUUGUUAUCCUAGAUUCCUCCCAAGGUAACUCUGUUUUCCAAUUGAACAUGAUCAAAUGGAUUAAAGAAACCUUCCCAGAUUUGGAGAUCAUUGCCGGUAAUGUCGCCACAAGAGAACAAGCUGCGAAUUUGAUCGCUGCUGGCGCUGACGGUUUGAGGAUUGGUAUGGGUUCUGGUUCUAUCUGUAUAACCCAGGAAGUUAUGGCGUGUGGUAGACCACAAGGUACCGCAGUUUACAACGUUUGUGAAUUUGCUAACCAAUUCGGUGUUCCAUGUAUGGCCGAUGGUGGUGUUCAAAACAUCGGUCAUAUCACCAAGGCUUUGGCUCUUGGUUCCUCCACUGUUAUGAUGGGUGGUAUGUUAGCCGGUACUACCGAGUCACCAGGUGAAUAUUUCUACCAAGAUGGUAAAAGAUUGAAGGCCUACCGUGGUAUGGGUUCCAUUGACGCCAUGCAAAAGACUGGUACUAAGGGCAAUGCAUCAACCUCUCGUUACUUUUCUGAAUCAGACAGCGUCUUGGUUGCACAAGGUGUCUCCGGUGCUGUCGUUGACAAAGGUUCCAUCAAGAAGUUUAUCCCAUAUUUGUACAAUGGUUUACAACAUUCUUGUCAAGACAUUGGUUACAAAUCCUUGACUUUAUUGAAGGAAAAUGUUCAAAGCGGUAAGGUUAGAUUUGAAUUCAGAACAGCUUCUGCUCAACUAGAAGGUGGCGUCCAUAACUUACAUUCUUACGAAAAACGUUUACAUAACUAG